UGGGAACGCUCGUCGCGCACAGGCAAAUUUCGUACGCUUGUUUCCGCGCUGGUCUACCUCUUGUUACCCUCGAUUUUAGCCACAGCAGUGAAUUCCUGUGCGACUCGGGCAUUCUUGCAGGCAUCGGUAGUGUAAAAGGGAAACUGUGAAAUCGAUACCUGACUGAAAUUCAUCCGCUAAUUUACAAUUCGGCAGCAGUGUGUGAUGGUGGUGCACAAAAGAUUGCAGGAAAAAAGCGACGAACCUUAAAAGUUCAAAAAGGUGGCAUUGUGAUGCGUGUGUGAAAUCGAAAACCUAUCCAAAUUGGUGAAAAUUUAUGCAUCGACAGAGGUCUAUUAGAAACCACGUAUUGUGAAGUGAAUAGGUGAGCCAGUGAGAUCAUCAUCUCGCAGCAAGGAAAAUUGACGACAAUCCCAUUAUUAUUAUAGCUGCUAAUAGUAUACCGUACCCCUCUUCGAAUACAUCGAACCACUUGUGUGAAAAUUGGUGCAUCUAAAGUGAAAAUUUUCCUCCUACAAGUACCUACCCUAAAAGCCCUUGUAUUUUAUACUACUAGAGCGGAGAAGCACAGAUAAAAGAAAAUCAGCUACAGCUGCGUGAAUGUGAACAGUUUAUUUGUUUUUUUCUUUCAUAACAUUGAAUUUUUAAUGCAACAGAAAGCUAGUAUUGUGGUGUGAGGAAAAAAUAAAACCUACUUUUUAUGUUAGAAGAUUUUUGGCUCGUCCGACCGAUUUGAAAGAUUUGAUCCGGAGCGCGAAGGUUUCCCAUCAAGAGCAGUGGUUGACGAAGUGAAGUGAAAGAGAGUGACGACGACUUCGAAACCUGUUUACCUUCUCCAUCUGCGGGUGCUGAAAAAGUGCAACAUUAACGAGCUAUUGCUUUAUCAAAGCAUUUGUAUUCAUUUUCAUAUCUGGCUGGAUUAUUAUUACCCAUUGGCUAACCGACUACGGCAUCUAUUCGAGUGUUUUUUACGGUUGAAACAAAGUGCGAAACUCGCUGCACCCACUGCCAUUUCUUACGCCUUAUUGCUUGUAACGAGAUGAGAUGAUCGUGCGUAGCGUAACAGGACACAUUCACCAUUCCACCGACCAGCAGCGCAAAGGAAAUUACCGCCAACGGAACCAUGACAUCCUCUUAUGAGCGAAUCAAAGCAGAAUGCAAGCAAAAAAAUGUCCUUUGGGAGGACGAGGAUUUCCCGGCGACUCAAUCGUCGGUGUUUUACCACCAAACACCUCCCUUCACCUUCCAAUGGAAGCGGCCUCACGAGAUUACACAGAAUCCGGUCUUUGUCAACGAUUCGACGGCUCAGUUCGACAUUGUGCCAGGAAAGAUGGGCGAUAGGUGGCUUGUGAGUUGUCUCGGCGUCCUGUACCUGUCUAAAGGCUUAUUCUACCGAGUGGUACCUGCGGAUCAAAACUUCGACAAGCCAUACUAUGGGAUGUUUCGCUUCCGGCUGUGGUGGUGCGGGGAGUGGUUGGAGGUUCUAGUCGACGAUAGAUUACCAACGAUUAACGGGAAGUUAGCCUUUCUGCAGGCUCAGAACUCUAACUCAUUCUGGCCGGGACUGCUAGAGAAAGCCUAUGCCAAAUUACACGGGUCCUAUGAAGCUUUAAAGUACGGUACACUGCUGGACGGUCUGGCGGAUCUCACCGGCGGUAUCACGGAAUCGAUAUCUAUCAAAACUGACAAUAAUAUACUCAUACGGCCGCCACUGCUUCAUUCUUUGUUGGAUACUACCAGCAUUGUGACAUGCACCGUUAACAACGGAACGACGACGCAGAUUCGUAAUCAAACCGAAGUGCUACCCAACGGAUUGCAUGUGGGAAUCAAUUACCGUCUUUGUUCACUAGAUAAGGCUGAAACCAUCAUGGGAGAUACGGUCCAGUUGAUACGGCUACGAAACCCUCUGGCACAAACCCUCAACAAAUCUGCAUCCUACAAUGGGGAUUGGUCCUCGUUCUCUAGCUCUUGGGAACGAGUGACCAUGAAUGAACGUAACCGACUCAUUGAGCAACUCGAUGUUGGCGAAUUCUGGAUGUCGUUCUUCGAUAUGACACAAACGUUCACCCAUCUAGAAUGUGUUCAUCUGGACUCGGAUACGGCUAGAGACGAGCCCCAGUUAUCAGACAAAAAUCGUCGGUGGCUGAUGAGACUUUAUCAGGGUGCGUGGAAGCGAGGCGUUACCGCAGGCGGUUGUCGCAACAAUCCAGACUCAUUUCACAUAAAUCCCCAACUGCAGCUCUUUCUAAGCGAAAAAGAAGAUGUGAUAAUUUCGGUGAAUCAACACAGCGUGCUGGAGCCGAAAGUAAUCGGUUUUACGGUAUAUAAUCUCAAUAGUGUUCAGAGUAUUAACGGUUGCCUCUCGAAGAACUUUUUCAAGAAGCACAAGAGCUUAGUCAACUCUCAGUACACCAACUCGCGACAAAUAAGUCACCGUUGUACGUUGGAUGCUGGACGCUACCUUAUAAUGGCAACGACAUUUGAACCCGCCGAAGAAGCAUCCUUUAGCGUACGGGUGUUGGGUAGCACGAUACGGCUGGCACUGCUGGAAACUCAGACAAUGCUGUUGCUGGAUCCGUUCCCGUUACUAAAUUCCAACGCUAAAGUUUCAAUGGAUUCGGCGAACAAUAAUGUAUCUGCCACUACAAGCACUGCUCAGUACGAACCUGUAUUCAUGCAAUUGGCAGAUGAUCAAAGAACGUUGAACUGCUUUGAUCUACAAGAACUGUUGGAGGCUUGUCUUCCUAAUGACUACAUUCGAAGCUGUGCCAGUUUAGAAGUCUGCCGGCAGGUUGUCUGUUUAAUGGAUAAAACCAAUCGAGGAAGGAUCAAUUUCAAUGAUUUCAAUAAAUUCAUGGUGAACCUGAAGACAUGGUGGGGAGUGUUCAAGAUGCACACUAAGGAGAAGUCGGGAAUACUCAGAGCUGAACGAUUCCGCGAUGCUUUGUGCGAUGUGGGCUUCCAGCUUAGUACCGACAUAUUAUCGAUCCUGAUACUCCGAUAUAUGAGGAGAGAUGGAACUCUUAGACUCUCAGACUUCAUUUCUGCCAUUCUUCACUUGACGAUGGCUUUCGAGCUAUUUAAAGCUAAGGACACAAAUCAAGAUGGUGUUAUCAGCAUGGGCAUGACUGAGUUCAUCAAAUCUGUCUUCAUGUGUUGACAACUGUUGACUGCUAUAAGAAUUGGCAUCAGAUAUAGCUCGUACCAUCUCUUGAAUCAUAUUUCAAAAUUAUCUGUCCUAGAGUUUAUGCAUUUGCAUGAAUUGCGGCGUCUGUAAGAAGUAUAGAUAGUAACUAAUACCGUUAUUUGUGUUAAGUUUGCUACUAUGUACGUGUAAAUUACAUUGUUUAACUUUGUUUUAAUCGAUAAUCGAAAUGGAAAACUAGCUGCGUAAGUUUUCAGUUUGCGUAGAAAGCUAGAAACAAAUUUGCUCAUUAACAUUACUGAUAACAAUUGUUAUGUAUGCGAAAUAGUUUAAAAGAAAUA